AUGUAUGCUUCAAAGAGUAAUUCUAACAGCCUACUGAGCAUUAAAAGUUAUAACCCAGACCAUACAUGUGCUGUUCAAAAUGAUAUUAAGAAUGUGAAUGCUGGAUUUCUUGCUAAGUACUAUCAAGAUGAGUUCAAAAGUGCUGAUGAUUCAUGGAAUAGAAUUCAGUUUCAACAACAAGUGAAGAAGAAAUUUAAUUCUGUAAUAAGUAAACACCAAUCAUGGAGGGCAAAGAGAUUGGCACACAAGGAAAAUAAUGGGGAUGAUCACAAACAAUUUGAACUGCUUUGGGACUAUUGUGAAGAGUUGAGGAAAAGCAACCCAGGAACCACUACAAAAAUGAAGGUUGAUGAGGAUUGCACAAUCAGUGGAAGGUCAAGGUUUAUGAGGUUAUAUAUUUGUUAUGCAGCAUGUAAAGAGGGAUUUCUAGCAGGUUGUAGGCCUUUCAUUGGAUUGGAUGGGUGUCAUUUAAAGGGAUGUCAAAAGGGAGGCCAAUUACUAACUGCAGUUGGUGUUGAUGCCAAUAAUGCAAUGUUUCCAAUUGCAUUUGCCAUUGUGGAAGGGGAACUUAAAGAGACAUGGGCAUGGUUUUUGGAGUUGUUAGACCAAGAUUUGAACAUUUCAGAAAAUCCAAAUGCUUGGACCAUCAUCUCAGACAAGCAAAAAGGGUUGUUGCCUGCUGUGGAGGAACAACUAUCAGGGGUAGAACAUAGGUUUUGUGUGAGACAUAUGCAUGCUAAUUUUGUUAAAGAUGGAUUCUCUGGGCAGUUAUUAAAGCAUAAAUUGUGGGCAAUUUGUAGAGCUACUACAGUACCUGAAUACUUGACUAAAAUGGAAGAGUUGAGGAAGCUCAAUCCCAAAGCAGCUGAUUGGGUUUCUGCCAGGGAACCGCACCAUUACUGCAGGGCUUUCUUUAGCUCUUUUCCCAACUGUGAUAUUCUUUUAAACAACCUGUGUGAAUCAUGGAAUAGCUCAAUCUUACAGUUUAGGGAGAAUGGAAUUAUGACAAUGUGUGAAAACAUAAGGGUUUACCUAAUGGUGAGGAUGCAACAAAACAGAGACAACAUGAAGAAACACCCUUUGAAGAUCUGUCCUAAGAUUAUGAAGUUGGUAGAAGAGGCCAAAGACAAGUCCAAUGACUGCACUGCCUAUAGGUCAAAGGAUGAUGUUUAUGAAGUAGAGGAUUGCUAUGGAAGGAAAUAUAAAGUAGAUUUAAGCCAAUAUCAUUGCUCCUGUAGAAGAUGGGAUCUCACAGGUAUCCCUUGCAGCCACAGCAUUGCAGCUAUUAGGAGGAAAGGUUGCAUUCCUGAAGAAUAUGUUAACAACUGUUACACUGUGGAGUCCUACCUGAGAUCUUAUGAACCUGCUAUUUUACCGAUUACUUCUUCAGAAUUAUGGCACAAGACAGGGUUCCCACCCCCACUGCCACCAAAAUAUAAAGCACAACCAGGAAGGCCAAAAAGAAAAAGAAGAAUGGGACUGACAGAAUCAGCUACAGAUCAAGUUGGAAACAAGGGAAAAGUGGGUGAAUCAAAACGGUGUACUGUGUGUGGAAUGAAAGGGCAUAACAAAAGAAGGUGUAAGGCAAAAGACAAGCAGGCAAUUGAGGAAGAGGCAGAUGUAACAGCAGGAAUAGAAGAGGAAGCAGAACUAAACAUGGGAGUAGAAGAAGCAGAGCCAGAAGUAGAACUACAAGAUGUUGUUGUUGAAACUCAAGUGCCACCAUCUGUAUUACAUGAAAUGGACAUGAUGAAUUCUCAACCCAGUCAGAACCUCAAGUAUAAGAAUGUUGGAAAUCAUGAACCUCAAGUAUCAAAUUUUAUUUCAUCACACAUGGAACAACUUCCAACAGCAGACAAUGUCAUUAGGAAAGGGGGAAGAUAAUAUGUAACUAUCUCAACUCUACAGAAGAAGAUGAAUGUGUCUAAGGAUAACAAAAAAAAGAAGUCAUGAAUUAGAUGGAGUUGGCAGUACUUAUCAAGUUGGCAAUAGUCUUAAAUUAUUGCUUUGUAUUUUGAUGUAAAAUUCAGGCAGUAGAUGAAGUUGGCAGUAGUCUUAAAUUAUUUUGCAACAGCUGGAUGCUUUUUGAUAAAUCAUGCACAGCUUCUACUGUAUGCACAAUUGCCUAA